AUGAGUAAGCUUCAGAGUGAUGCCUUGCGAGAAGCUAUCACUGGAAUUAUGGCCGAUUCCAAGGAGAAGAAUCGGAAAUUCGUGGAGACCAUUGAACUCCAGAUUGGUCUGAAAAAUUAUGAUCCACAGAAAGAUAAGCGUUUUAGCGGUUCUGUCAAGUUGCCCCACAUCCCUCGCCCCAAGAUGAAAAUUUGCAUGCUUGGUGAUGCUCAACAUGUUGAAGAGGCAGAGAAGAUAGGAUUGGACUGGAUGGAUGUUGAAGCCUUGAAGAAGCUAAACAAGAAUAAGAAGUUGGUGAAGAAACUAGCUAAAAAAUACCAUGCCUUUUUAGCUUCUGAAGCAGUUAUUAAGCAGAUUCCACGUCUGUUGGGUCCUGGUCUAAACAAGGCAGGAAAGUUUCCUACACUUGUUACUCACCAGGAAACUCUUGAAUCAAAAGUAAACGAGUCUAAGGCUAUGGUCAAAUUUCAACUUAAGAAGGUGCUUUGCAUGGGAGUAGCCGUGGGCAAUGUCAGUAUGGAGGAAAAGCAAAUUUUCCAAAACGUUCAACUGAGUGUUAACUUCCUGGUAUCCUUGUUGAAAAAGAACUGGCAAAAUGUGAGGUGCUUGUAUCUGAAGAGUACCAUGGGAAAAUCUUACCGCGUCUUUUGA